AUAUCAUACAUUCCGGUGAGGCUUUUGAAGUAAAAGAGGGGGUAAAAUUACCUAUACAAGGAGUAUGUAAGCGUUGUGGAUACAUGUCUAGCAAUGAACUUUGUAAAGCAUGUAUGUUACUAGAAGGAUUGAAUCGAGGAUUACCAAAGCUUGGUAUUGGAAAGAAUUUUAGAUAG